UAAAUUUGUACUGCUGAAACAACCUGCCAUUCGGCAAACCUUUUGGCACAGUUCGGAUCUGGUUCGAGAUAUCUCAACGACAAGGCUUCAAGAUGGCUGACUCCCUUGACAUGGACAACCGUGACCCUAACAACUUGAAUGACCAUGUCAAGGUGUUGUUUGAGGAUGUGAUCGCCGAGCCUGAAGGCGCCCAUAGUAUUGACUGCGUCUGGAAGUUGUCCUACACAUGCUUCAACCUGUGGAAGGGCUGUUGCUACAAUGUCCUCUCCAUCUUCUGUGGCUGUCCCCUGGCCAUGUGUUGGGGAUGUGAGUUCGCCGUCAUCACUUUCCAACAUGUGUGGCAGAUUACUCCCUGCUUGAGGAUCUGGAUGAUCAACCUUGGCUGCGCCCAGAAGUUCUUCGGAACAUGCGUGAACUGUUGUCUGGCUCCUAUCUGUGAGGCGUGUGGCAUGUUCUUCAGCAACAUCCAAGUCAAAAAUGGCUAAAGAGAUGCAGAACGACUCAAAAUAACUUUCUGUCUCCAGUUCUCUAUGGACUUUCGUAAACUCUCCUCAUCAUUGUGAUCUCGACACUGUACGGUUUCGUGGAUUCUGUGAUAACUGUAUCUGCAGUGUAUAUAAUAUAUUUAUAUAUUUUCUUUUACCUGUUUUCCUAUUGUGUUAUGUAAAGAUGGAGAUCGGCUUGUAUCCCCUGCUACAUGAAGAGAGAUGCACUCACGGAACUCGUACACUACCCUCGUGUGAUGUAAAAAUAUCCUCAACAAUGAUUAGAAUAAUAUGCCAAUCUAACCCAUGAUACACGGAAUACUGCAUAUUUUCGUUAAAUUGUUAUUUUUGUAAUUUCGUAUUGUUGGUACAGUUGUGAAAAAAACAAGCAAAACAAUUAUGGAUCCAAAUGGAAAACGCGUUUCAUAUAUCAUGUACAAAUAAACUAUGCAAACGUGGACAGGUCAUUGUAUAAAUACAUCAUAUCUGAAUAAAAUCUUGAAAUUC